UCGGGGCAAGCUACGAUUCUUUGACUGUGUUCUUCAUCACAGUUUGUGGUUGCUUUUGUUGUCUUCAUCGUAUUGUUGUUGUCAGGAAGAGAAUCAUGAAUGAAGUCUGAAUCAACAUGUAGCGCUACUUGAAGUUGCACAAGUUCACCAUCUUGAAAAGAUGUAAUUGAGAUGUAGAAUGGCUGCUAUAAUAGGGUGUUACCAAUUCCUGACAUCGUCACCUCGUGCAAAGGAGUGGCUAAAGAAGCAACUGAUUCAACUGAACUUGUACGAGGCAAAAGUUAGUGAAGUAGAAGAUGUUGUGGAGAAGCUCAAGAAGAAGAGAGAUACUAUUCAACAUAUAGUUGAAGAGGAAGAACGUAGACAUGGAAGAAGAAUUCACGUUGAAGUUAAAGAAUGGAUAGAGAAUGUGGAUAAACUCAUUCUCGCGUAUAAGGAUUUCCACGAGGAUGAAAUAUGCCAUAAAUAUGCAGUGUUUGACUUUUUAGAUAGUGGUUACCUUCCAAAGCCUGGGAUAAGGUAUCAUCGAAGUAGAAAAGCAGAUGAUAUCACAAAGCAGGCAAAUGGGUUACUGCAAAAUGCAAAGUUUGACAUUUUGUCUUAUUGGUCUGGCCCACCCUCUAUGGCUGCAUUUUUUUCCAACCUUGGUUACGAAAGCUAUCCAUCAAGAAAUGACACUGUGAAAAAGAUUACUGAUGAAUUCCAAAAGCCAGGUGUUAGAAUGAUCGGUCUUCAUGGGUUGAGUGGCGUUGGCAAGACUUCUUUAGUCAAAGAGGUUGUGAAGAAAGCCUUAAAAGAUAAGAUGUUUGAAGUAGUGACCAUGGCAAGUGUGACCAAAAACCCUGACAUAAGAAAAAUCCAAGGACAAAUUGCUGAUAUGUUGGGGGCUGUAUUGGAGGAGGAAAGUGACAUUUCAAGAGCUGCGAGGAUACACCAGAUAUUGAAUGAUGAGAAUAAGAGCACGCUUAUAAUUCUCGACGAUCUUUGGGAAAAAGUGAACUUUAACUUGUUGGGGAUUCCACAUGAAUUAGAGAAAGAUGAUGGCGUUACCAAUGUCAAAGGAAAAUCACUAGAUGUUGAUAUCUUGAAGAAUGUCAAUGAUGGAGAAUCCCCCGUCCUUGAUGGUUCGACAAGUUUUAGAAGAGGAACGUUACAAGGUGAAGGUUCUAAGAAUGUAAAUAAAGGAAAAUCCUCUAGUGUUGCUGACUCAAUGAAUGUCAAGAAAGGAGAAUUCUUUGGUGGUGAUUUGAAUAAUGUCAAUGAAGGAAAAUCCCUCCUUGAUGCUUCUGGUCGGUUGAAAACUGAAAAGACUGUCCCUCAGUAUAAAGGGUGUAAGAUUUUGAUGAUUUCUGAAAUCAAACAAGUGUUGUUAAGUCAAAUGGAAGGGAAAGAAAAGAGUAUUUUCCCAGUGGAAGUCUUAAAGGAGAAGGAAGCAGAGAUGUUGUUCAAUAAAAAGGCUGGAAUAGGUGAUAAUAAUUCUGAAUAUGACAAAUUAGCAGCUCAAAUUGCCAGCAAGUGUAAAGGGUUGCCAAUGACAAUAGUUACCACUGCAAGGGCAUUGAAAAAUAAAAGCCUUUCUGUGUGGGAGGAAACUAAUCGAAAACUUGAAUCUCAAAACUUAGCUGGGGCACCUGAAUUUUCUACCAAGUUAAGUUAUGAUCUUUUAGAAGAUGAGGAACUCAGGUACACUUUCUUGCUUUGUGCUCGCAUGGGUCAUGAUGCAUUGAUUAUGGACUUGGUGAAAUAUUGUAUUGGUUUGGAUUUUCUUCGAGGAAUCAACACAGCAAGGGAAACCAGAGACAGAGUAUAUACGUUGGUUGCAAAGUUAAAAGAAUCAGGUUUGUUGUCUGACAGUUAUUCAAGUGAUCAUUUUACCAUGCCAGAUACUGUUCGUAGAGCAGCUUUGUCCAUAGCAUACAAGGAAAACCAUUUAUUUACAAUGACAAAAGAAAAGGUAGAUGAGUGGCCUGAUGAACUUGAACGGUACGCUGCCAUUUCGUUACAUCAUUGUAACUUCACUAAAGAGUUUCCUGGCACAAUAAAUUACCCAAGACUUAGAGUCCUUGAAAUUGUCAAUAGUAUUCCACGUCCGAAAAUACCCAAAAACUUCUUCAAAGGAGUGAAAGAACUUAGAGUGUUGUUAUUGAUUGGCAUUCAUCUCCCCCUUAUUGAUUCUUCAAUUUCAUCCUUGCAUAAACUUAGAAUGCUUUGUUUGGAGCAAUGUUGCAUGCUAGAUGAGGAAUUAUCCAUCAUAGGAGAGUUGGAAAAGUUAAGAAUUCUAAGUUUUUCAGGAUCUGAUAUUAAAAAUUUGCCAGAUGAGUUGAAUGAGUUAAAAAUGCUACAAAUUUUUGACAUAAGUAAUUGUUCUAAACUUAAAAAAAUUCCAUAUGGUGUCAUAUCAAGCUUGGUAAGUCUGGAGGAGUUGUAUAUGAGAAAUACCUUGAUUCAAUGGGAGGAUGAAGAACAAACACGACAAAGUAAAAUAGCUAUUCUUUCUGAUUUGAAACAUUUGAAUCAAUUGACAACUCUAGACAUACAAAUCCCAAAUGUUUCCUAUUUGCCAAAGAACUUGUUUUUUGACAAGUUAGAUAGUUACAAGAUUGUUAUUGGAGAUUUGAGUUCAUUUUUAGAGACUGAUUUCAAGAUGCCAGAGAAAUAUGAAACAUUGAAACUUUUGGCGGUACAAUUGAAAAAUGGAUCUGACAUUCAUUCUCUAAAGGGGAUCAAAAUGUUGUUUGAAGGAGUUGAAAAUUUGUUUCUAGAACUUAAUACUGUCCAUGAAAAGCACAACAGUGUCCGUGAAGCCCAUAAUAUUGUCCAUGAUCUUUUUUAUAGAUUGAAUUUAAAAGGAUUUUCAUAUCUAAAACAUUUAUGGAUUGUAAAUAAUUCUACCAUUCAAUCUCUCAUCAAUCCAAAGGACAGACAACAACCUGAGAAAGCUUUUCCAAAAUUGGAGUCAUUAAGUCUCCAUAAUCUCAAGAUAUAUGAAAUAUGCUCUUGCAAACUUUCAGAACCCUCUUUUGGCAAACUGAAAGUCAUCAAGAUCAAUCUCUGCGGUGAAUUGAAGAAUGUCUUCUCAAUUUCUAUGGUUAGACUUUUAAAAUUUCUUGAAACAAUUGAAGUUUCUGAAUGCAACUCUUUAAAGGAAAUUAUUGAUGUGGGACCACAAAACAAAAUUGAGCUUCCUAUGCUUCCUGAAUUACGCAAUUUGAGGCUGCAAUCUUUGUCUGAGUUUGUUGGAUUUGAUGUCAUUCCUCAGAUAGAAAGAGAGGAAAGAAAACUCUUCCACGAAAAGGUUGGAAUUUCAAAAUUAGAGAGACUGGAGUUGUCCUCAAUCCAGAUUGACGUAAUAUGGAGUGUCGAACAAUCUUCAAAAAGAUCAUCUUUUGAAAAUUUGACUCAUUUGGAUGUGAAUGGUUGUUGGAAAUUAAAAUAUUUGAUGUCAUUUACAAUGGCCAAGAGUCUGGUGAAUCUUCAAAGCCUUUAUGUAAGUGACUGUGAAAAGAUGGGAAGCAUCUUCCUCCUUGAACAAGAUAGAGAGAAGGAUAUUACGGAUAACAUCUUUCCAAAAUUGAAGAAUAUGAAACUUCGCAAUAUGAACAGUCUGAGUAAGAUAUGGAAUCCCAAACUCCCUUCAGACUCCUUUAGCAAACUAGACACUCUAAUCAUUGAGGAGUGUCACAGACUUGAAAAUGUAAUGGAAGGAACAUUUGUGAGUAUAUGCAACUUGAGAGUCACAAAUUGCAGGUUCAUGCAAGCAAUAUUUAAUAUACGUGAGCAAGUUGGGGAUGUAGCUAAUAACUUGCAAAAUGUUCAUUUAGAAGCACUCCCUAAAUUGAAGCUUGUAUGGAAAAUGAAUAAUGAAGAUCGUCUUGGGAUUCCUAAGUUUAACAAUCUGAAGAAGAUAUUGGCUCAAGAUUGUGAGAGUUUGGAAUAUAUAUUUCCAUUUUCAGUAGCCAAGAGUCUUGAUAAUCUUGAAUCUCUUGUGGUUUGUGAUUGCUAUGGAUUGAGUGAAAUUAUUACUAAAAGGGAAGCUAACCACAUGAAUAGAGUCAAUUUUAACUUCCCUAAACUAAGCACCAUCAAAUUUUCAAAUCUGCUAAAACUUACAAGCUUCUAUCCAUCAACUUAUGAUUUAUCAUGUCCAUUGAAUGAGCUAUCUAUUGAUCUUUGUAACAAUCUGGAACCAUUCAACUCCGUACAUGUAUGCUUUCCUGAAGAGGUAAUCAAUAACUUGAAGUCCAUGCAAAUUGAGUCUUGGCAUGCAAAGUCACCAAGCAGUUAUAUGGGUAAAAGGAACCAUCGAAGGGAUAACUUAGAAGAGCUCUCUUUAUUUAGAUUAAUGGAUACUGAGAUUUUAUAUUCUUUCCUACAUAGAAAUCCUAAUUUGAGAAGUCUAUCACUGAAUUAUUGUUUCUUUGAAAAGAUAGUGCCUCCAAAGGAAGAUACUGAAAUUGAAAACUUGGGAGUAGUUCCAAAUCUGAAAAGCUUAAUGUUGAUAGACUUGCCGAAUCUCAAAGAGAUAGGCUUUGAACCAGACAUCAUUCUUGAAAGGUUAGAGUUCUUGAUUUUGAGGAACUGUCCUUGUAUGAUUACUGUAGCACCUUCCUCUGUAUCUUUUACUCGCUUGACAAAUCUAGAAGUGGUCGAUUGUGAUGGAUUGCAAAGUCUUAUGUCGGCAUCUACUGCAAAAACUUUGGUUCAACUCAACAUCUUGAAGGUAGUUAAAUGUGAAUUCCUGAUGGAAAUAGUAAGAAAAGAUGGAGAAAAAUCUGACAGAGUUGUUUUUAAAAAAUUGAAAGCACUAGAGCUUGUUUCACUGAAGAAACUCAAGAGUUUCUGUGUCUCUGAUUGUGACUUUGAAUUCCCAUCAUUGGAGAAAUUGGUAGUGAGUGCAUGUUAUAAUAUGGCUAAAUUUUCCGAGACAGUCACCAGCUCACCACUUUUACAAAAUAUACAUGUUGUCCACGGAAAAGAGAACAAACGAUUCUGCUGGGAAGGAGAUAUAAAUGCUACAAUACAAAAGAUAUUCGAGGAAAUGAAAUUUUUUGAAGGCAUGGAGGAGAUGAGCCUUUCCGAACAUCAAGAGCUACAAGAAACUUGGCAGCAUGGAGGUGGUAUGCAAAAGCAAAAUAGCUGGUUUUAUAGUUUGAAAAUUUUGAAGCUUGAGAACUGUGAAAUUCAACCAUGUGCAAUUCCAUCUAAUAUUCUUCCCUAUUUGAGGACCUUAAAAGAACUCCAAGUACGAGGUUGCAACAAUGUAGAGGUAAUUUUUGAGAUGAAUGCUGAAGAGGGAACUGGAUCAACAUUCCACUUGGAGAAAUUGGCUUUAGAAAAGCUACCGAAGCUUAAGGAUGUCUGGGAAAGUAAUGGUAAAGGAACCGAGAGCUUUCAAAAUCUGAGGCUAGUUAAUGUCAACGAAUGUGAAAAACUGCAAUCUGUGUUUCCUUUGACCUUGGCAAAAAAUCUUAAGAAGCUUGAAAAACUUGAAAUACUAUAUUGUCAUCGAUUGCAUGAAAUUGUUAGAAAGGAAGAUGACACAGAAGCGGUGUUCUUUUUUCCUUGCGUAACUACACUUUAUCUUUUUGAUCUACCAGACCUCGUUUACUUUUACCCAGAAGCAUUUACUUUGGAUUGCUCUGCGUUAAAUUCAUUAAUCGUGUUGAGUUGCCCAGCAUUGAAGCUAUUUGGAAGUGCUAACAAACAAUCCAUUUUCUUUGAUCUAAAGGAUAUUUGCAACCUUGAGGUAUUGAUACUUGACUGGGAACACACAUUGGUGUUAAGGACAAAGUUGGGGGAACCUAAGGACAACCUCAAAUAUUUAAAUGAUAUUAAGUUGUUCUUUGGUGAUGAUGAGAAUGAAAGACCUGAUUUGCCUAUUCAAAUACUUCAAAAGAUGCCAAAUUUAACAAAAAUGAGUAUAAACUAUUGCAGUUGCCUCGAGGUAUUCCAAACUCAAAUCCCGAAAAAUGUCAAAGAAAGGGUGCUUACACACUUGAAAACAUUGAAACUGUAUAAUGUGUCAAAACUGCAGUCCAUUGGGUCAGAGGACUCACCAUGGUUAAACGUGAUUUGUGACAGUGAAAAGCUCCAAAAAUUAUAUGUUUUCACUUGUCCUGAUUUGAAAACAUUAGUUCAUUCUACUCCUUUAGUGUCUUUCAGGUAUGUGAAAGAAAUGUACAUAGACAGAUGUAAAGAAUUGAAGUAUUUAUUCACAUUAUCAUCAGUGAACAAGUUAGAGAACCUUGAGCAUAUAGAAGUCAGUAAUUGUAAAUCAAUGCAAGCAAUAGUUUUCAAAGAAGAUGAUGACAUUUCAGAAGAGAUCAAACUACAACAACUAAAGCGUGUACAUAUAUAUUGUUUAUCAAGCUUGGAAUGCUUUUAUUCCGGAUAUGAAACUUUGCGGUUACCCUCCCUGAUGCUAGUGGACAUAUGGAAAUGCCCCAAGAUGGAGUUUUUCUCUGGAGGAGAGAUACACCUGAAUUCUUCUUUUAGAGGAAUUCGAGUUUCAAACGUCUUAAGUGAUGACAUGGUCUUCUACCAUGAUCUUAACUCUUCGGUAGAUAAGGUGUUCCUGCAACAGGAGUUUUUUCAAGCUGUGGACAAGAAGUGCUUUUCUGAUAAUCUUGAGCUACAAGCAGACCCGCAUUGUAAAACAGGUUUGCAAAACAAAUGGUUGGCAAAUUUGGAAACAUUGAAGUUGGAGAACUGCAAGCUAUCAUAUGCAAUUCCAUCUUUUAUUCUUUGUCUUUUAAAGAACUUAAAAGAGUUAGAAGUACGAGAUAGCGACCAAGUAAAGGCAAUUUUUGAUAUGAAUGAUGACACUGAGAUUAAAGAAACAGAAUCGCAAUUGAAGAUAUUGACUUUAAAUGGGCUAUCAGAGUUGAAACAUGUGUGGGAAAAGUACACUAGUAGAAUUCUAAUCUUUCCCAAUCUGCAAGAGGUCGUUGUAAGUGAUUGUGCAAAGCUUCAAACUUUAUUUCCUGCUUCCCUGGCAAAAAGUCUUAAGGAUCUAAAAAAGGUUAAAAUAGAUUCCUGUGAAAAUUUGCAAGACUUUGUUGAACAGGAAGAAACAACAUUUGUAACUGAAAAGUUUGUGUUCCCUUGUGUGGAGGAUUUGGAACUCAAUGACUUGCCUCAGGUCACUUGUCCCAAAACAUUCACUUUGGAAUUCCCCUCUGUGAAAUUCGUAUCUGUGAGGAAUUGUGAUGAGUUAGGGUUAUUUCAAAGUGUAUAUGAUCCCAUGGGUGAGGGUACUUCAAGCAGCAGACUUCCUCUUAUCUCAGAUCCAAAGGUCAUUUCCAACCUGGAGAAACUGACUCUUGAUUGGAAACAAGUUCUGGCAUUAAGCUUAGGGUUUACGUCACAGAAAUCUACGAAAGGCCUCAGAAAUUUAAACUGCAUUUCCUUAUCUUUCUUUCGCGCCAAGGAGAAUGAAAUGCCCGUGUUACCCGUUGAAAUACUCAAGGCACCAAAUUUAAUAGAAAUGGGUAUAAACAAUUGUGAUAGUAUCGAGAAUUUCCUUGCUCAAAACCCCAAUAUUGGCGAGGAGGAGAUGCUAAGACAGUUAACAAUAUUGAGGCUAUGCAAUGUGUCCACUACACAGUUCUUCGAGUUAAACUACUGCUCAAGCUUGAACAUGAUCUGUGAGAGGCUUCACAAAUUAAUUGUUUCCCAAUGUCCUCAUUUGACAGCAAUAUUAGGAGUACGUUCUGCGGUGUCUUUCUCUUGUCUGAAAGAACUGAAUAUUUACAAAUGUUCAAACUUGAAGUAUUUAUUCACAACUUCAGCUGCCAAAAGAUUUAUGAACCUUGAGGAGAUCAGUGUCAUUGAAUGUGAAUCACUGACAAAAAUAGUGGCUAAAGAGGGAAAUGCAACUUCUGAAGCCAUUAAAUUUGAGCGACUCCACACCAUUCAUCUACAAUCUUUAACAAGUUUAGUAUGCUUUUAUUCUGGGAGUGACACUCUACAAUUGUCAUCUUUGAAAACUGUGGCAGUAUGGAGUUGUCCCAACAUGGAGUUUUUCUCCCAUCGAAUUCAAUCCCUUAUGGGAGUUACGGUAUCCAUGGACCCGGAAGCAGACGAUUUACCCCCUUCAAGAGAUAUUAACACCAUAAUAAAAAGGAUCUCAGAACGAAAGGAGUUUUUUGAAGCAGUGGACAAGGAGUGUUUUUUGGAUAAUCUUGAGCUACAAGAAGAUCCGCAUUGUAAGUCUGGCCUGCAAAACAAAUGGUUGAGAGAUUUGAUUAGUUUGAAGCUACAGAACUGUACUCUGCCAUGCGCAAUUCCAUCUGUUAUUCUUUCUCUUCUGAAGUGCUUAAAAGAGUUGGAAGUACGGGAUAGUGCAACAGUAGAGGUACUUUUUUAUAUGAAUGACAAUGAGAUUGUGCAAAUAGCAUCCCAGUUGAGGAUUUUGGCCUUAAAAGGGCUAUCGAAGCUAACACAUGUUUGGGAAAAGAAGAAAAAUGGAGUUCUCAUGUUUCCGAAUCUGCAGCAGGUCGUUGUUAGCAAUUGUAAAAAAUUGGAAACACUAUUUCCUGCUUCUUUGGCAAAAAAUCUUAAAAGUCUCAAAGGAAUUGAAAUAAAAGAUUGUUCUAAGUUCCGAGAAAUUGUUGAAAAAGAAGAAGCCACAGAAGCAAAGUUUGUGCUCCCUUGUUUAGAGAGGUUGAUUCUUUCUUCCUUGCCACAACUCAGUUGCUUUUACCCUCAAACAUUCACUUUGGAAUGCCCUGCCUUAAAUAUAUUAUCUGUGUUUGAGUGUGAAAGAUUAGAGUUGUUUCAAAGUGAACAUUCCAUGGGUGAGGGUACUUCCGUUAAGAGAGAACCUUUAAUUUCAAGUCUAGAGGUCAUUUCCAACCUGAAAGAACUAGAACUGGAUUGGAAACAAAUUCUGGCAUUAAGAUCGAGGUUUAGGUCUGAAAAAUUUACAGGAGUCUUCAAAUGUAUAAAUAAAAUGCACCUGCUCUCGUACGGUGAUAAGAGUGAAAUGACUAUAGUGCUAAAUGAAAUACUCCAUAAAGCACCCAACUUAACCGAAAUGAUUAUACAAGUACUAAAUUGCAAAAAUCCGGAGAUUUUCCAUGCUCAAAACCCCAAAGUUUGUGAGGAUGGGAUGCUCUUACAAUUAAGAAUAUUGACACUAUUCAACGUAUCUGCUAUCAUGUCCAUUCAGUCAGAGAACUCAUCUUGGUUAAACACAAUCUGCGAGAACCUUCACGAAUUAAAUGUGCCGUCAUGUUAAAACAAUAGGAGUGCAUUCCACUUCUACAAUGUCUUUCUCUUUUCUGAAAAAAGUGUUUGCAAGCCAAUGUCCCCGAUUGCAGUAUUUAUUUACAUCUUCGGUCGCAAAAAAGUUAGUGAACCUCAAAGAGAUCGCAGUCAUAGGAUGUGAAUCCCUGAAAGAAAUAGUGGCCAAAGAAGAAGAUGAAGAUGAAGAUGAAAAUGAGAUGAUAUUCAUGAAGCUUGAGUAUUUGACUCUUAUCUCAUUAGACAAAUUUGAAAGGUUUUACACGGGGAGUUCCACUUUGAAUUUCCCAUCCUUGAGAAGCGUGAGGGUUGACAAAUGCUUCAGCACCAAAAUUUUCCGUCGUCGUGAUAAAGUGCCUCCGAAAUUUAGGGUGGUCGUAGAUGGAAUCCGUUGUAAAGGUGAUACAAAAGCUCUGAUCAUGCAACAACUUGAGGAGGAGGCAUCCUGAGUUAAUUUGGUGACAAACUCCCUUCACUUUUGCAGGGAAUCAGGGGACUCAAAAAAAUGAAAUGAUAACGACAUGACUACAACUAUCAACAAAUAGUGGACUUUUUCGUUGUGUUGAAGUGCAGUGUUCAUGAUUUAAGUUUCCCUAUAUACCUACAGGUAACAUGAAUGGUUCUCAAGAUAUAUAAGGUUGUUUGUCAAUAAGUAUUGUUCCUAUAUUCAGAAGGAGCAAAUGCGUGUUGUUUUUAAAUUAUAGGAAAGAUAGUGUGUUGCUUUAAGAGAUUUGAAUUGUUUUAAAUUAUAAGUUGUUGAAUGUUUUUGUGUUAAUAAAUUUGACAUGAGUUUAGUUGUUGAGAAAAAGAUGCUCCGUGGAUAAGUUGGAAACUGAGCAUUGCAUCUCUGGAUAUGUCUGUUGUUUCUCUGCUAUAAGGUGUUUCAUGAACAAUACUGAAAUGUAUUUGUGUGUAUGUACUAUGGUACUUAUGUUGUAAAAUGAGUGUUUCUUUCUUUUAAUAAAGUUGUCCUGUUGUACAGGAGGGUGUAUGGUUUUAAAUUAUAGAAAUAUUUCUUCAUGUAUAAAGUUUAUCACCUAAAGACAUAAUAGAAAUAUUGCUUGAUGA